CUUCGGAGUUUUUUUCAAUUUGGCAAAAUCUUAGGGUAGAUAGUGCUACUGGGGUUGGCUACUGAUCGAUCUUUGAAUUGUUAUUAGAGAAAACUGGGAUAACCAAAAAUCUCUGGUUUUUGGAGUCUUCUUCUUCCUCCUCUUUUUCAGCUCCACUCUCCAGCCUUCUCUCUCUCUCUGUGGUUGGAAUCAGAUCCCUCCAAUUAGGAUUUGAUUUCGAGUCUCAAGUCUCAAAAGUGUCAGAUUUUUUGAGAAGAGGGGUCAAAGGAUUUGACAGUUGCUUCAUGUCCAUUAAUUUAGCGGUGGACUUAAGUUUGAAAGUAGUCGCUGCAGUAAGUGGCUUACUAAUUGCAGAGAUUUGAAUGAUGUUUAUUAACGAACCAAGCGCUGCUCUGCAUGAAUUUCAAAACAAGUAAUGGGAAAGGCAGGAUUUUCACGAUGAAGGCACUUAUUCUUGUUGGAGGGUUUGGAACACGGUUGAGGCCAUUGACACUUAGUGUCCCAAAGCCACUGGUUGAUUUUGCUAAUAAACCUAUGAUUCUGCAUCAGAUAGAAGCUCUCAAAGCUAUUGGAGUGACUGAAGUGGUUUUGGCUAUCAAUUACCAACCAGAGGUGAUGCUCAACUUCUUGAAGGAUUUUGAGACAAAGCUUGGACUUAAGAUCACCUGUUCACAGGAGACUGAACCACUUGGAACUGCUGGUCCUCUGGCUUUAGCUAGGGACAAGCUGAUUGAUGGUUCUGGUGAGCCAUUUUUUGUCCUCAACAGUGAUGUUAUCAGUGAGUAUCCACUCAAAGAAAUGAUUGAGUUUCACAAAGCCCAUGGAGGUGAGGCUUCCAUUAUGGUGACCAAGGUGGAUGAGCCAUCCAAAUAUGGUGUUGUGGUUAUGGAAGAGUCAACGGGGAAAGUUGAUAAAUUUGUGGAAAAGCCUAAAUUAUUUGUGGGUAACAAGAUCAAUGCUGGGAUCUACCUGUUGAACCCAUCUAUUCUUGAUCGCAUAGAACUGAGGCCAACAUCAAUCGAGAAAGAAGUGUUCCCUAAGAUUGCUGCGGAGCAGAAGCUAUAUGCAAUGGUCCUACCUGGAUUCUGGAUGGAUAUUGGACAACCAAAGGAUUACAUCACUGGACUGAGACUCUACCUGGAUUCUUUAAGGAAGAAAUCCUCAUCCAAGUUGGCCACUGGGUUUCACAUAGUUGGAAAUGUUCUAGUGGAUGAGAGUGCUGUGAUCGGAGAGGGCUGUCUGAUAGGGCCAGAUGUUGCUAUUGGACCAGGAUGUGUAGUCGAAUCAGGUGUCAGACUUUCACGUUGUACGGUGAUGAGAGGGGUUCGUAUUAAAAAACAUGCAUGCAUCUCUGGCAGCAUCAUUGGGUGGCACUCUACCGUCGGGCAGUGGGCCCGUGUAGAGAACAUGACUAUCCUUGGAGAAGAUGUUCACGUUUGCGAUGAAGUUUACAGUAAUGGGGGUGUCGUUCUGCCUCACAAGGAGAUCAAGAGUAGCAUUCUGAAGCCAGAAAUUGUCAUGUGAGUGUUAAAUGUAGUUUAUUUCAGAUGUUCCGUAGUUUAAGUGUCCUUAACUUUCUUUCGGAGAUGUAAAUUCAUUUUUAUUGGUGUACAAUCGCCUAUCGGAGAUGUUAAAGUUGGUUUUAGUGGACUGAGCCUUGUCAGGUACAUGGUGUGUUUGGUUAGUGUAAUCGUGUGAGAAAAGUUGUGUAGAUAUAAAUUAUUAGUGCUGCGGUUUCCCUUAUGUUCCUUUUCCUGGACUUUGGUUAAUUAAUAUUGAGAACAUUCUUUCUUUUGGUA